AUCACAUUUUUUUGUCGUUUAAAAACACGUCUGAACAAUAAAAGAAUAGUUCUAACGACACUGAUAAAAUAGACUAAAAAAUGCUAUUUAAGGGAUUCAUCUGUUAGACAGUGUGUCAGUGUUGACGUUUCGUGACUUGAUGAGCACUUGUGGCGAAACAGAAAGUAAUAUGAUGAAAAUUACGAUCGCGACGUUAGUGCAGGUGUCCGUCUUUUUCGUAAUGCAGGUAUCCGUAGAACCGUGCAACGAUAAAUACAUCAAGGAUAUGAUAGUGAACGUUUGUGGAAUGGUUGGAUUAAAACGCUCAUUCGACGAUAACAGCAAUCCUGGUUUGUUGUUCGGGUUGAGUAUAAGGAGAAUGUUGGACGACACCGAACGCGAAUUCGAACACCUGUUUGGAGACACCGCCGAAGCAAAGUUUCAACUGAAAAAAUCUAACGAGAACAAACCAAAAGAAUUAAACGUUACUCCACUUCAGCUUCCAAUUCACUUACCAGGUUUCAAAGACAGAUCGAGACACGUGAAAAGACGCGAUGAUGUCGGAAAGGCCACGAUUAUGAAACGGGAAGUAAUGGCCAAGCUCAAAGAGUGUUGCGUCAAGAAGUGUACUCCCAAAGAUUUACGUCAUAUAUGCGAGAAAAAAUAAACAAUAUAACCAAUAACAUUUUAACAUACCUUGUUUUAUUAUUAAAUUAUGGGUAAUAAUUAUUAUCAGUAGUCAGUACGUAUACAUAAAAAUACACAAAUAAUUUUUUGUAUUUUUUUUUUAAAUAUUAUAUUAUAUUUUAUGUUCCAUAUAAUGGAGCGAAUAUAUAAAUUGCCGUAAAAUCACAGACUUGUUUUUAUAAUAAUUUUCUAAAAAUCGUUAUUUAUAUUAUAUUCACCGACAAUCGUAUAUCGUGAACUAAAAUCGUGCAAACUUAACACAGGAACUAACGACUUAUUAUACUUAUAAAAAUUAAAUUAAAAUUAACACAGCAGGACUUUA